GCUUUGUGCCAAUCAUCAUCACUGUGCUCUGUGCGUCACGAGUCCCGGGCGCACAGGUGAUUUCAUUUAGCCUGAGUGUCUGUGUCAGGUGUGGAGGCAGGAGUCCGCAGAGUGUUUUCUGCGGGGCUGCUCUGUGGGCAACUACUGCGGUCCUCUUUGCAGAUGUGCAGUUUGAGCAGGGAACAUGGCGGAGAAGCACAUGGAUCAGGACUACAUGGAUCAGGACUACAUGGAUCAGGACUACAUGGAGGACGGCUCCUGCGGGCAGCAUUACGCAGAGGACCCAGAGCUGGCAGCUAUCAAGGCCAGAGUGCAUGAGCUGGAGAUGGAGGAAGAGUCAGAGCGUCUCAGAGAGGAAGAGGAGCAGUGUGAUGCUGUGGACAUGCAGCUCCUGACCAGCAGCCCUCGACUCAAUGAGCCAAAAGGGCCGUUUUACAACAUGACACCUGAGGAGAGAAUAGAUGCUGACAACAGAUCGGUCUACGUAGGAAAUGUGGACUAUGGUGCAACAGCAGAUGAGUUAGAAAUCCAUUUCAACGGCUGUGGUCCAGUGAACAGAGUGACCAUCCUCUGUGACAGAUUUUCUGGUCAUCCAAAGGGCUUUGCAUACAUUGAGUUUUCUGAUCGAGAGUCUGUGGAGAGCGCCAUUGGCUUGCAUGAGACUUUGUUUAGGGGUCGAGUUCUCAAGGUACUACCUAAAAGAACAAACAUGCCAGGCAUCAGCACCACAGAUCGGGGUGCUCACCGUGGAGGUCAACCCAGAGGCAGGGCCAGAGGUUUCCGGCCUCCCAGAUACCCCAGCAGCUCUCGGGGCAGGUUCAGGUACCAGACACCCAGACCACAACAUCAGAAUCCACAUCCGUACUACGGAGGCCCUCCUGUGGGCAAGAGGCAGUGGGGACAUAUGGAUUAUCAUGAACAGGUGCCCAAACGUUAUCCUUGUCUUCUCCUCAUCACUCCACCAUCAGAAGAACUGGGCACUGGAUCAGGUGGACAACACUAUCCACACCAGCGUUGAUGUUUAAGAGGCCUGGGUUGAAUGGACUUGAUCAGGCUGACAAAGGUUUGCCUACAAUAAGUUAAAAAAAUCUCCUCAAAGGAGUGUUGUGCAUAUUAACAUAAUUGCAUGGACAAUCUGCAUCAGUGUCUUUUUAAAUUAUUGUUAAAGCAUACUUGUAUUGUAAACAAAUAAAUAUUCCAGUGUUUUUA